AUGGCAAAAUGUAAAAUGCUCAUGAAGUACAAUUUAAAUAAAAUAUUUAUGAACACAAAAAUUAUAAAAAACUGGAAAAGGUUUCACAGUGGUAUUAAGAGCUUGUUAAAUUAUAAUGAGGAGAAAGUGUAUAAAUAUUGUUGUGUCGUUCCAUACAAAUAUGAUAACAUAUUAUCGCUAGAACGGAUUUACGAUGAAAAAUACGUUCACAUUUUUAGUGAGAACAAUGUGGAAAUUGAAUCUAAUUUGCAGUAUUUGUACAAAUUACUUAUAAAUAGUCGAACGGUUGAACAAAUUCGACUGGAAAUACACAACUCCUAUUGUGCUUAUGAAAAUAAUUUUAUAAAUGAUAUUAAAAAUGUAAAUUGGUGUGCGUUCAUUCCAUUUAGCAAUGUUUUUGUUGAACCGCAAAUAAAUAUAAGGAGUAUAAAAUCUCGCUUAUACCAUACGUGCAUGUUAAAAAAUAUUAUUUUGAAUGUAAUUAAAAGACAACAACAGUUAUAUAUAGAAAAAAAUGGAGAUCAAAAUAUAUUUUUAAAAAAGAAAAAGGUAGAUCCAUCAAAAUUACAACCAUUAAAAAUAAACGUAUUAUUUAAAUAUAAUGAAUUGAAAAUAAAUAUAAAUAUAAGUAAUGAUUUGAACAAGCGUAUAUUUGUAGCAUAUAAAAAUCAACAUUCCUUAAAAAGUACCAUAGUUGCAUCAGCUAUUUUUAAAAUAAAUAUUUUCAAAUAUAUAAAUCCAAAAAAAAAAUUAUAUAUUAUUGACCCCUUUUGUAAUGAUGGAACGGUGUUACUCGAAAUACUAAGUAUUUUGUGGUCCAUUCCGAGAGGUUCACCUAGUAUUAAUUAUCCUAUUUUAACCUUUCCCAUCCACUCUCCUUCAAUUUUUUAUAAUGUGUUAAAUGAAGUAUAUAUCGGCCAAAAUGAACAUUUAAACGAUGUGUAUUUCUUAGGUAUUGAUGAAAAUAUAGAUCAAGUAAAUCAGGCAAAGGAGAAUUUGAAAAGAUUUUUCGAAACUAUGCCACUCGAUGUUAAUGAGAAUGCAAGUAGUUUUGUAUCCAUUUCGUCAAGCGAAAAUUAUGAACGUUCAGGUGAAUAUGCGAAAAAGUCAGUUGCACACACGGGAAGCUCAGGUAAAAAUGGGGAGAAGUCAGGUGAAAGUGAAGAAAGGUCUGGUGAAUUUUAUGAGUGCGAUAAAUUAAUCAACGGGGAGGGUAAAAAUUUUAAGAGAAUUAAUAAUUUUUCCUAUAAGUUUAAUGCUAUUAGCACAAAGGAGAUGAAUGAAAUAUUUCACCAUAAAAUUGACUCAAAUUUAAGUCAUAAUAUGUUUUUGUCAAAAAACGUAAAAUUUUGUUCGAUAAAUUUUCUUAAAUUAAAUAAUAUAACGGAGAAUUGUAUUUUAAUUACAAAUAUUUUAAAUAAAGAUAAAAAAACAAUAUCAAAAUUUGAAAAGCUCCUUAUGAAAUCAGAUAUUUUAAAUGCGUAUGUUUUUUCGCAGGAAAAAUAUAUGGAAAAAACUCAGUUAAAAUUUAAGUUAAUACUACGAUUUGUUUCAAAUGGGCAAUAUGUUCUUUUUCUUCAGCUGUUUAACAAGCCCAGGAAAAAAAUGUACGAUGAUGGGGAAGAUGAUUGA